AUGGAACUUCAUAAAGUCACCUUACCUCACAGAGUUGAUGACUCAAUGGCAGUUUGGGAAGAAUUUAAGGAAGUAAGCAUCAAAUAUAAAUGUGUAUCACUUGGUGAGGGAGCUCCUGGAAUGAAUCCUCCACAAUUUCUAGUUGAUGCAAUGAUUGAAUCUAUUCAAGAGGGCUUCAAUCAAUACACUAGAAUUAUGGGAAACCCAUUAUUAGUAAACAAAAUUGCUGAGAUCUAUGGCAAAAAACUCAACAGACAGGUCAAUCCAUUAACCGAAGUCAUUGUGGGAGUUGGAGCCUACACUUUACUGGGCUCAAUUAUACUAGCUUUGAUAGAUCCUAGUAAGAACGAGGAAAUCGUAAUCUUCGAGCCUUGCUGGCCUUGCUACUAUGAUCAUGUGCAGAUAUCUAAUGCUGUAUAUAGAUCUGUGCCUUUCAAACUUGUUGAUGGAGUUUGGAGGUUUGAUCCAGAGGAGUUUAGAAAGACUUUAAAUGAAAAGACUAAAAUUCUAUUGCUAAAUAAUGCUUAGAAUCCAACUGGCAAACUCUUCUCUAGGGAAGAAUAUCAACAGAUCUCAGACAUUUUAAAGGAGUUCCCUAAUAUUAUUAUCUUAUCAGAUGAAGUCUAUGAGUACUUGACCUUUGAUGAUAACGAAUUCAUUCAUUUUGCUACAAUUGAUGACAACUUUAAUAAGACUAUUUCAGUGUUUAGUGGUGGAAAGCUCUUCAACGCUACAGGCUGGAAAGUUGGUUGGGCACUGGGACCAAGCUAUCUAGUCAAAGCAAUUGCUACAAUCAUUAAUGCUCUGGUAUAUAGUACAAACACUCCAGCAUAAGUUGCCAUAUCAAAAUCAUUGGAUAAGUUAACACAGAAAGGAUACUUGGGUAAUGAAGACCAAACUUAUCUUGAAUAUGUAAGAUCUGAAUUCCAAAGAGUUAGAGAUUACAUGGUAAAAGAAAUCAAUGAAAAUAUGGAUUUGCCUAUCAAGGCUUUGACAUGCGAAAGCGGUUAUUUCAUCAUGGUUGAUAUCACUGAUGUGAUUCCUAUGAUUCCUAAGAAAUACACAGAAUCUCAUGAUUUUGAGGAUCUUUAAGAGGGAGAGAGUUCUUGUAAUUUGAACAGAGUAUAUAUGCCUGAUGGCAGAAUUCCUAAUGAUUUAGCAUUCUGUAGAUGGAUGGCUGUUGAAAGAAAGGUGAUGAUGAUGCCAAACUCACUCUUCUACUACAAAGAUUCUUUAUAUAAGACAGACAACUAUGUUAGAUUGGCCAUUUGCAAAGGAUUAGAUCUUUCAGCCAAAGCAAUUCUAAGACUUUAAGGAAAAUCAGAUCAGUGA